AUUCACGUGGGGAGAGAGAAAAAAGACCUUUCCAUUCAGCUUUCUUUUUUUUUUUCUCUCCAAAUUGCCUUUCUCAAAUUUCUCCAUUAUUACAUUUCAACUACCCUUCACUCCAACUGAGGCCAACUACCUCUUCCAUCUUAUAAAGAAAAUCAAAAACCCAUUCUUCUCUAUCAAAUCCAACCCACGUUGAAACCCAUUCUUCUUCUACAUAGCAGAAGAAAAUUUCAAAAGUAAAACUUGUUGGUUUAUUUUUAUUUCAUUUCGUUGGAAAUCAAACAACAUAAUCUUCAUUCAGCUAGACACACAAACAAAUGGAAACCAUCGAGCACAAGUAUGUCGACGUGAAAGGACUAAAGCUUCAUGUAGCUGAAAUUGGAAGUGGUCCCAAGGUGGUGGUGCUCUUACACGGAUUCCCAGAAAUAUGGUACACAUGGAGGCACCAAAUGAUUGCCUUGGCCAACAAUGGCUACCGAGCCAUAGCAUUCGAUUUCCGGGGCUAUGGACUCUCCGAUCAGCCUGCGGAGCCUGAGAAAGCAACCUUCCAAGCCCUCAUUGACGACAUCAGAGGCCUUUUGGACUCUUUGGGCAUCAAUAAGGCUUUCCUUGUGGGAAAAGACUUUGGAGCUAUACCAGCAUACUUGGUAGCGGCAGUUCACCCUGAAAGGAUCUCUGGAGUUAUUACAUUAGGUGUUCCCUUCCUUCUACCAGGUCCCUCUGCAGUAAAAACUAAUCUCCUUCCUAAAGGCUUCUACAUCUCAAGGUGGCAGGAGCCAGGGCGAGCCGAGGCAGAUUUCGGCCGCUUUGAUGUGAAGACAGUCAUAAGGAACAUAUACACUCUCUUCUCAAGAAGUGAGAUCCCUAUAGCAAGUGAUGAUCAAGAAAUCAUGGACUUGUUUGACCCAUCCACUCCUCUGCCUCCUUGGUUCUCUGAGGAAGAUCUAUCAGUCUAUGCUUCCUCGUAUGAGAAGUCUGGAUUUCGUUUUGCGCUGCAGGUUCCAUACAGGACUUUAUCGGUGGAUAUUGGUAUAACUGAUCCGAAAAUGACAGCUCCGAUGCUACUAAUCAUGGGUGAGAAGGACUAUGUCUUGAAAUUUCCGGGGAUGGAGGACUACAUACGAAGCGGGGAAGUGAAGAAGUUUGUGCCUGAUCUGGACAUUGUAUUCCUGAAAGAGGGAAAUCACUUUGCGCAUGAACAGAAUCCAGAGCAGGUUAAUAAGCUUAUCAUCAGUUUCCUUCACAAGUACAGUGCUGAUGAAUAGGAUUUCUAGUAACCCAAAUAAGCCGUUAUGUUCUAUGGCAUUUUCCAUUUGGUAUGCAAGGGCCUUUCUUGUUUCAAGUUUUAGGAGUUUGGAAAAAAAGAAAAGAGUGUCCUGCACUGGAAUGUCUUAAAAUGGUCGGCAUAAGUUGCAUGCUUUUGAUUUAAUAUUUGAAAUGUCUCUCUGCUUAGCUUAGUAAACCUUUCACAAUAAAGUUUCAAAAAAGCAGUAUAAAUUUUGUUUUAUAACUAUUAUACAAGAAUCGUUACAUAUUACGUAUUCUA